CCCACCACUCCACCAUCGUCUCCUAGCCUUUGACACUCAAAAUUUUCCCGAAGUUUCAAACUUUGCUUUUUUCUUCAUCCUUGAUAGCCCUAAAUUAGGAGUCUUGUCCCAAAUUCAUUAAACCCUAAUCCAAUUCCACCUUGAGGGUUUUCCACAAUUGCAAAAGUAGGGUUUUUGAGGGGGUAUUUAUUGUGUAGCAAAAUCCUAGGAAUGUAAUAAAUUUAGGGGUUUUAAUCAUAAACCCUAACCCAGUACCAAUUGCGAUCAAAGCUGUUAAGUUUGGGACUACAGUUACAACCUUUGGAUUGUUUCUGGCGUUUUUCAGAUGGUUUCAGGCCCCUUUAAAAGUUACGACCAUGUCAUACGUCACUCGUCGGAGCAGAGCUUGAUGCAGCAGUUCCGAGGCGGCGAAACGGCGUCGGUUGACUCCUCCAACAAUGGGCUCGCCGAGGGCCCACGUGGCUAUUCAAAGGUGGGGGACAAGGUGAGGAUUAGCUUGAGCUCCAAGGCUGAUGUGAAAGGAAUCAAGUGGAAGCUGAUGGGUGAGCUGGAGCAAGUGAGGAGCUUGGUGAGGAAUCUGGAAGCAAUGGAGGCUCAGCUUAAUGAAGGGUAUGGUGUUUCUCAGAAAUCUGAUUAUAAUUUGUUGGAUAAUAGUAAUAGGAGUACAAUGCCGUUUAGGGCUUUAAGUGUUUGUACUAGUGAGAAUGAGAAUAGGGGGAGUGGUGAGAGUGUGGGGGUGAUGAAGAAGAAGAAGAAGAAGACUCCGAAGGGAGAGCAGAGUUCUAGGAAUGUGAAGGUGCCUCCUUCUUGGGGGGAAAAGAGUUUGGCUAGGAAGAGUGAGGUUGGGCUGUUGUUGGGGCCGGAUAAGAGUUCGGGUAGAUUGUUGAAGAGUUGCUAUACUUUGCUUGAGAAAUUGAUGAAGCAUAAGCAUGGCUGGGUGUUUAAUAAGCCGGUAGAUGCUAAGGGGCUUGGACUUCUUGAUUACAAUAAGAUUGUGAAGCAUCCGAUGGAUUUGGGGACGGUGAAGUCUAGGAUGGACAAGAAUUGGUAUAAAACGGCGGCUGAGUUUUCAGAGGAUGUGAGACUUACAUUCAAUAAUGCCAUGUUGUAUAAUCCAAAGGAGCAGGAUGUUCAUGUGAUGGCGGCUCUAUUGUUGAAGUUGUUUGAAGAGAAAUGGGUGGCUAUAGAGGAUCAGUUUAAUCUUAAUAGGAGAGCCGAAAUAGGUAGUGAUUCAGAAUUGCUGACCCCUGUUUCUAGAAAUGUUGAAGCUUCUUCGAAGUAUAAUAUUGAUAGGAGGGUUGAAAUGGGUAAUAAUUCAGAAUUGCCAACCCUGAUUUCCAGAAAAGGAACCACUCAUCAUAUCAAUAGGAGGGUUGAAAUGGGUAAAAAUUCAGAGUUGCCGACCCCUAUUUCCAGAAAAGGAACCUCUCAUAAUAUCAGCAGGAGAGUUGGAAUGGGUAAUAAUUCAGAAUCGCCUGCCCCUAUUCUAAGAAAGGUUCAGACUCCUGCUCCUGCUCCUCCUCUACCUCCUCCUUCUUCUCCGCCAACAGAGAUGAGGACUCUGGAUAGAGCAGAAUCUAUGACAAAGCCUGUUGAGCCCAAGUUGAAACCUGCAACUCCAAGUGUUGGUCAUGCAGGUAGAAAGCCAGUUCCAAAGAAACCGAAAGCUUGGGAUCCUGACAAAAGGGAUAUGAGUUUGGAGGAGAAGCAGAAACUCAGGUCAGACCUUGAGGAGUUGCCUUCUGAUAAACUGGAUAUUGUUGUCCAAAUUGUUAAAAAGAGGAGUCAAGGGAUAUUACAACAAGACGAUGCGAUUGAGUUGGACAUUGGCAGUGUUGAUCCUGAAACACUUUGGGAACUGGAUAGGUUUGUGACUAAUUAUAACAAGAGCUUGACCAAAAAUAAGAGAAAAGCUGAAUUCGCUCCUCAAUCAGUAGAAGCAUCUGACCUUGCUAUGCAGGAGAAUGUGGCACAAGUCACCACAGCGGCACAACAUGAAGCCAUAGCAGUUGAAUACAACGAAAAUGCAUUUUUACCAGUUACAAGAGAAGAGCGAGGUGAGAAUGUGAGUGGAACAAGCAAUUCUAGCAGUGGUUCUGGAUCCUCUUCAAGUGAUUCGGACCAUGAUAGUUCCUCUGGAAGUGGAUCAUAUUCAAAUUGUUGACCUAGGACUUAGAUUGAUUUAAAGCUCGGUGUUUUGGAGAAGCUAUUGUUCAGCGUGGGAUAUGGUUUGUACAUCCAUGGUGAUCCAUCUGACGGCUGCUCCCUGAUCAGAGUACUCCAGAGGUGUAUGUUAAUGUGACAUAGUUACCUAAAUGGUGAGGGUAGGGUGAAAUGGACUAGAAUUAGGGUUAGGCUAGAUUAAGGGUUCAGUCCCUUUCAAUGUGACCUGAACAAUAGUAUGGUUACAGGAAAUAUUUCUAUGAUAUUACAAUUGCAAAUUGGUGCUCGCUAUGUCAACAUCACAUUGAAAUUUUGCUUAUGAUUGCGGAACUUUUAUCAAAGGAUAUUUGUGGCCAAAGUUGGAAAGGCUGAAUGCAACUCUACAGCGCCCUUGUACUCUCUCAUGACAUCUUGAUGGCCGAUGAUUUAGUGGCAGUCAUUGUGGAUUUCAGUUUACGUCUGGAACAAUGUUAAAUCAUUUGCCAUUGCUCUGUAGCAUUGUAGAGGAAAAUGUCUAUAUUUUUCUUCAGUUUUAGUUGUUCAUUCUAGUUGUCUUAUCCCCGUACUUGUUUAGGAGUAUUCCAGCUCGGUUAGACAUACCGACUCCUUGCGUUAUUACUGGGUAUGGAGACUGCAAUUUUCUCAUCAUUUUGUGCCUCUUGCAAAGCAUGUCCAGGCAGCAACGGGCACGUCAUUGGAUUUGUCAGGGCUGGGACUAUUGAUUCUUGAUCUUAAAGAGCUUAG